AAUUUUUUUUCCUAGUUCAGCCAUCUACUACGUCGUUCUGCAUCAAAAGUUUUUUUUUUAAUUGUGCUACUGUCAAUGGCUGUACAAACUUUUUUGUGCAAUUAAAACGAAAAUAUUUAUCAAUAAUUUUAAAUUUAAAGCAAUUAGUCAAUGUUUAUUGUUAGACCAAUCGAAAGAUGAAUGACUACCCGAAAGUUAGCAAUGACAUUUCGUCAAGCAGUGUCGAUAGUGCGAACACCACUUCCAGCAAAAAUAGUGCAACAACCAACGAAACCAUAAACUCUAUCAAAUAUCAAGAAUCCAGUGGACUUUCGACACCACCAACGGCCGAUGCAGCGGACACUUGUGACUCUGGCUUCACCGAAUUUUUUUCCACCAAAGCUGGCACCAGUACUCAACCCACACCUAGGAUAUCGCAAAAGCAUUCGCAGUCGUCACAAAUCAGAGACAAAUCAGAAUCCGCAUCAGAUUCCGAUUCGAAUUCCAAGUGGAAAACCGAUGAUGUGAUGCGAGCUUUCGAUGACGAUUCGUUUGACGAAUCGGACUGUGAGGAAAACGAUUUUCAGAGCAAGGAGAAAAUGGACCUGAGCCGAAUAAACUAUCGCUGGAUUGAGUGGUGUCACAAACAACUUGUUUCGGGAGUAAACCCACGAGCGAUUCUACGAAAGAUCUUUCGCAACGGAGAAUUUCCUGUGCCGCAGGGCGUAAGUGAUCGUGAAUUGUGGGCCCGUAUUAGCACUUUUGUGACGCAACCGGCCGUUCGUACUCGUUUGCCCGACAUCAAUUCAAUCGAUCACGUCAUCCAUUUACUGUCGACAUGCAAAAACAUCAUCGUUCUGACCGGAGCUGGUGUGUCUGUAUCGUGUGGCAUUCCCGAUUUUCGUUCGCGAUCUGGCAUCUAUUCACGACUGCGCAGUGAAAUGCCAGAAAUUGACGAUCCGCACGAGAUAUUCGACAUUCGAUUCUUCAGCAAAGAUCCGAGACCAUUCUUCAAAUUCGCCAAGGAACUGUAUCCCGGCUCGUUUACACCGUCGCUGUGUCAUCGUUUCAUUAGACUGCUCGAGAGGAAGGAGCGACUAUUGAGAAACUAUUCGCAAAACAUUGACACACUGGAACGUCUAGCCGGGAUCGAAAGGGUGGUGGAAUGUCACGGAUCGUUUGCCACAGCAAGGUGUACAAAGUGUUCCGUCGUUGUGACAGCCGAAGAGAUUCGAGAAGAUGUGCUAGCGAAACGAAUUCCCAUGUGCUCCAUCUGUAACCCAGUCACCAGCAACGAAUCAUCCACCGGAAAUCAAUCGUCGCGAAUUUCGCACUGUACGUCCAUGACCGAAGGCUAUAAAGAUCUGUACGAAAUGGGCAUCCUUAAGCCAGACAUCGUCUUCUUUGGUGAAAGUCUUCCGGAAAUGUUCCAUCCAGCGAUAAAUGCCGAUCGUCAACAGUGUGACUGUCUGUUAGUUAUUGGUUCUUCGUUGAAAGUUCGACCGGUUUCGCUGAUACCUGAAUUUUUGAACGAAACUGUUCCACAGAUUUUAAUCAAUCGGGAACGGGUUGGGAACUACGUAUUCGACGUUGAACUGUUGGGUGACGCCGACGUAAUUGUUAAUCAAAUUUGUCGCAUGAUUGGUGGCGAUUGGACGGAAAUAUGCGAGCAGCCGGAACUUAAACUAUCGUCGGCACUGGAAUUCAAUCCAGAAACAACAGAAACCGUUGACCUUCCAUUGACAAGACCAACACCGAUAAUGAUGAGCUCACCCGAAUCCGAUACAACGCGACAGGAUGGAGAGUACUCUCCGUUGCAAGGCAAAUCAACAGCCACUGAAACCACCGAAAAUACCGAUGCGAUAGCAUCACCCACCGAAUCAGAUGCCGAGAAGUUAAAUAUUGAUCAGUCGAAAGAAGUGACACCUGCUAGGCAACCAAGUAAUGGCGAGUCGACACAUUCAAGAUCAGAACCACCUGCUGGCGAUGCCGUCGAAAACACCGACAAUGGCAAAUUCAAAACCGUUUUUGUCUUUUCCGCCGAGAACAUACCAAGCGGCUGUUACUAUUCAACGCAUCCCAAUAAGUACGUGUUCCCCGGUUCAACGCACACCUGGUACGGAAGUGGUAAUCCCGACGAGGACCGAGAAGGCAUAUUUGAAGAGGAGGAAGAGGACGACGAGGAAUUUGAAAUUGGUUUCGAUGAUGAUGACGAUGACGAGGAUGACGACGAAGACGUUGAAGAUUGCGAUGAAGAUAAAUGUGAAACGGAAAGUUCGACCAAUCAGGGUGAAAAUAGUGACAGCAAUGACGUCGUUGAUGAGAAUUCGACACCGAGCGAUUCUGUCUUGUUGGGGAAGCGCAUUGGAGGGCCAGAAAUUGCUGAAACUGUGUCGCCAGUGAAACAACCGAAACCCAAUGACGAUUAAAUGAGAGAUUCUGUUCGGCUAAUUUAGCAUUUAAGUCUAGCUUUUCCUACUGUAUGCUUACCAGUUCCACAAGAAAUGUUUUUAACACGAAACGACGGCUGAUACAAUCACACAACGGAGAACCAUUUUACGAUUCGGAAUUAAUUCUUUGUUUGGGGGUGAAAUAAUCGAAGAAAUUUUACCUCGCAUUUUUUGAACUUUUUAGCUCGUUUUUGUCAACACCGCAAUCGCUUCAGAAGAACCCUUGACCCAUUAUAUUCGUAAAUGACGAUGUUUGUCUUUUGUGUUCGAAUGAAAUCUCUGCCAACAGACAAAAUAUCAAUUUGAAGAAUAAAAUUUUGAGAGACAUUUAA